AUGGGUAUUAAACAUAGAUCUAAACGACUUAUUGACAGAGAAAGUUCUGAAGUUGAUAACCCCUCAUUCAAAAUUAAUCAAACUACGGGUACCAAACAUGAUAGCCUGUCACUUAAAUUAAGUCAAAAUCAGUCUAUGGCUACUGAACAUGGAUUUAAACAGCCUACCAACAGAGAAAGAUUUGAAAAUUAUAGCCCGUCACUUGAAUUAAAUCAAAAUCAGUCUAUGGCUACCGAACAUAGAUUUAAAUGA